AGAAAAUCGAUGCGAUGGAAACGAAUGUAAUGCGAAAGAGAUUGGAACGAACGGAAUUGGCAUGCGAGGGAUCGUCGCAACGAAACUUGAUAUACAGAGAACUUUGGCGAAGGAAAUCGUCGCGAUAGAAAUCGGUGUCCUGUGAGAAUUGGCGCGAAGGAAAUCGGUAAAACGGAGAUUGGUCUGCAGGAAAUCGAGGCAAAGGAAAUUAAUAUUCAGGGAAUCUACAUAGAAACAUAAGAAAUCGGUAGAACGAAAAUCACGGAGAAAUAAAUCGAUAAAAUGGAACUAGCUAUCAAAAAAUAUCGGCAUGAAGAAAACGGUCGUGGAGGAAAUCGAAAUAUACGGAAUGCGAAGAGAUUCGGAGUCGGAACGUCCGCGCGCGUAAGGGAAGAGCAAGUGACAACGAAACGACCGUUUCCGCCUUUUAUAUCCACGCUUGUCCAGGAAGAGAAUUUUUUCUCGCGUACACUCUAAUUAAACAAUGACUCGAGAUAAACGUAAAUUCGUUCGAAAUCGUCCAUAUGCUAUUUUUCUGCCGCGAACCGUAAGUUUCCUGUAACAGGUGUUUUGUGCGGACGCUGAUCGAAAAAUGCCUCGACGUAGCAACCGGUAAAAAGCCAACGUGGAAUCGAAGCAGGUUUCAUUCGGAACGUUGAUAUUUUGUCCGCGCGUCCCGGCCGCUUUUUGCUAAGCGGAUAGAAACGAGCGCGAAAAGCACAAGUGUUUUCUGCGCGCAUUAACGUGGCUUAUUUUUUCGUGCAUGCAUCGACUGCACGACAGAUGUUACGGGACACGAGUGGACACGAGUAAUUUUCUUGCUGUCCAUGUGUCAAACAGCACUUUCAACAAUACUGAAAAUAUUCCAGUAAACGAAGAUCGUUAGCGAUAGAAAUAUCGAACACGCGUUUCAGAAGUGAACAAAUAAAAUGAAUGGUGUACGAUGACAUUUUUGGCCCAUGGGGCCGUAUCGUACUUAUCGUAUUGGCUGCGUUCGUCGUCGUCGUCGCCUUGCUCUUGAUCGCUUGCUUUCUAACACCAGGAUGUCUUGGCUACGAAUGCAUCAGGAAACGAAAGAGAGAAGCAAAAAGUGUGCCGUUGCGUGUCAAGAGCAAAGAGAAUGAAAACGUGAAGUUGAACGAUGUCAGCUACAGGUCAUGGAGAUUGGGUAGCCUCUACGAAGACGGGAGCAACGGUACGACGAACGAAAACGUCUCCGUGACCGGAGGCAACUUCUGGAGUACCAGCAAUGCUCGACUCGGUUGUACCGACUCUUCGUCUACUCUGAACUUGGUUCAAAAAGAUAAACAGAAGACGGAGAAGACGCAAAGCGAAUUCCCGACAGAAUUGACGAUAAGCUUGCAAUUCCUACCACCCUGCGACGAGACUGUUACCGGGAAGUUCGUUAUCGGUAUCGAGGCUCUGUCUGGUCUUCCUCCCAAGCAAUACAAUUGCACCCUGGAGCCAUACGUGGCCCUCAACAUCGUGAAGCAAUCUUGGAGUCACCGGAAACGGCAGAAGUUGCAUAGCUUUCGAACGAGGAGCGUCAGACACACGGCCAACCCUAUCUUCAAAGAGACGUUCGUCGUGGCUAACGUGAAAACGCACGAAAUUAAGGAAUGGAUCCUUGAUUUCGCGGCGUACGAUCACGACAAAUAUGCCAACGAUACGGAGUUAUGCUCGUUCAAAGUGUCCAUGAAGGAGAUGAAGCAUGUUUUACAGAGUCCGGAGAUCCAUAUGUUCAACUUCAGAAUGAAGCCGUCCAAUUUGGAAUUCGGAAAUAUUUUAUUAGGCGUGAGUUACUUACCCACAGCCCAGAGACUGACAAUAAACGUAAUGAAGGUGCGUGACGUCAAGUUCGCGCCAGCGGUGUCGAGUUUAAGCAACUUUAAUCCUUAUGUGAAGAUAUUGAUGUUAAACGGAAGGACAGGGCAGCGAAUAAAAAAGAAAAAAACGAAAUUCGUUCGCGCCAAUUUGCAGCCAGAAUUCAACGAAACCCUGACGUUUGACGUGUCUUACAAUCAACUGGAUAUCGUGCAAUUCCUCGUAGUGCUGUGUAGCAAAACUGUACCUGUUGAGAUCCCUGCAAACAUCACGGAUCAGCAAAGCGACAGCGAGGAUUCUGUAACGAUGAGUUACAAAUCAAAAGAUGUUCAUAUCGGUAAAGUUGCACUCGGAAAAGGAGUCAGAGGAUCAACGGAAAGACUGCACUGGUUCUCCGUACUUCAAAAUCCUAGAAAACUCGUCACUGUAUGGCACGUGUUGAAGUAAUAAUUUCUAGAUGA